AUGUUACUUAUGUUGGUGAGAAAGAUCAUAUCCUCAAAUUAUUCUGAAAUCAUAUCAGUUGAUUUGAAAGAAUUCUCUCCAUUGAUUAUGAAAAAAUGUUUAACGUACGAUGAAAUGAAAUUGUCAGUGUUUUUGUCUGUCAGUUCUUACACCUAUUUCGUGAAUUUAGGGGAGAGAGCAAAUUUUGGUAAACAUUUGGAAAAUAGGGAAGACAUUGCGAGAGAAGGCAUAAUAAUUGGCCUGAUUGGUCCAAGAUUGAAGAAAAGAAACGUAAUGGAAUAUCAAGAAAUUGUUUUUAGUGAAGCACAAAAUACAAAUGUGAAUGGUUAUGGUACUAAAAUCAAUGCCAGCGUGCACAAACUAUUUUCUGAGUUCUAUGAAGAAACUUGUAUGGAUUAUGAAGAAGCAUUAGAACUCAAAAACAGUGACAAUGAAAGAUACAGGAAUUUAAUGAAUGAUUUGCUUUUCGACAAUCACUAUUACUAUAAAAGACUUACUAUUUCCAUCGACACUUCAUUGGUAGAGGCGAAUUAUAGGGCUAAGUCUGCGGAUAAAACUGCUUACAUUCAUGUUGUGGGGUUAGGACUAGGUGUUUGGAAAAUAUCGUCACACCAGGAAGAAGUGUAUAUGGAAACUUUCGCUAAAAGAAUUUUAGCUUUGGGCCCAAAUCUACACUCAGUGAGCGAUAUUUGUUUUUCAUAUAUUGAUCAAGACAAAUGCGGAGAUUACAAACAUGGUGAAGUAUUUAAAUUACAAGGCCAUCCUCUAGGAGGUAUAAACAUCCAUAUUUUGAAGAGAAAUCCUCACGAAAAAGUAUCAGAAGGCAAGUUAUUAGUUGUUUCCUAUGCUUGGGAUGGAAAUGCCUUACCUGGUAAUGAAUACUGGUGUGAAAAUUUGAGUGGUAGCAGUGAUUCAGCCACAGCUUCUUCAACACAAAUUGCCGAAAUUCAUAACCCUCAUAUCAAUCCUUUGGUGUGUGCUGAUGAAUUAAGAGUUGUUAAAGAUGGACAAAUUGUGACCUUUGAGAAAUAUCAAAAUCUUAUCAGAUGUAGUAAAGCUGACCAAAAAACGUAGUGUAUUACAAUGUAUUCAAAAAUAUCUGUUUGUAAUAAAUUGAUGGAUGUAGCCGUUA